AUGGGACAGUCCACAUCAAAAACAUUGUCUCAACGAGACCGGAAUAUCGGCCAAGUCAUCCUAAACCGAGCAGAUGAGCGAGCUCACCAACCUAAAAACGAGCACACAAAUAACCUAAAUGCUCUUAAUGCAGCUACCCAGCUUGAUAUAAUGAGAACUUACAUCGGAGACAUCGGCCUCGAUGCCACGCAGCAAGAUCUAUCCAGAUUCAUAAACGUAUGCCACCUUGCCUUCGACGGCAGAGGUACAUCUCGAGUCAAGAAACAAGCCGUGAACACGAUCCUCGGGCAGGAAGCGCAGAUGCUCCGUGUGAGGGAUGUGCUUGAAUACUUGACGAACAAGGGGUAG